AUGAACCCUUCUCGACCUUCCAACAUCGGGUCAAAGAACUCGUUCUGCAUGAGAUAUGGUCUGAUGCGCAUGAAGAAAACGUCAGUGUCGAGUCUCCUCGGGAUAGUGCUCUCCUUGCGCCAAUCUUUAUGGCUUGCACGCCGCCUCUUUGGAUCUGGGCUUGGCAGGAUGAUUGACGACGAAGACGAGCGCGUGGCAAACGAUGAGCCUUCUGACCUGAAGAAUCGGCAGCUGAAGCAGAUCUUCGAGAAGGCAGCUGGACAAACAUACAUCCACUUUGCAUAUGAACCGGCGUACCGCCUGGCAAGGCGGCUUCUACGUUUUGCCAUAUUCGGUGCAAGGUCAAACGAAGACUUAAAGGAACCAGAGGAGAUGUUCGCGAAGUGGGAGCGUAUUCGACACAGAAGAGGGAUUCAGGGGGCAAGCUCAGAAUUGUCUGAACUCGCACAAGUUGAUAGUGGAGAGAUGGGAACCGAAAGAAUUGUCACGGCCUGA